AUGACAAUUGAUUCGGUUGAGUCUAUAGGUGUCGUUGGAGCAGGACCCGGAGGUCUUGCGGCAAUUUACGAAUUUCUCCAUCUUGAUAAGAACGGUACCUCAACCGUUGGUGGAGAAAAAGCUAGUAAUCCGAGAUUCAAAGUCAUCGCAUUUGAGCAGAAGGGUAAAGCAGGUGGAAUUUGGGCUCCUUCCAAAGACGCAGAUUUACCAGUGCCACCUCAGGAAUUCUUUGAUAAGGAUGAAUAUGCAAAUCCAGACGCUAUUCAUCCGAGGCAGACCAUCCCAGCAGAAGUGGAUGCAAGUUCAACUUUCGAGAACCCAAUUGUGAUAAAGGAUACCAGUGUCAUUCUGAGAGAGUUGGAAUGGAGAAGGUCUGGUGUUUACCCCAGUCUAUUUACGAAUAUCCCUUCAAGGUUUACCAGGUUUUCCUAUAUACCUAAUGAUGAAGAAUACUUAGAUGAAUCCAGGACCAUUCAUCCAUUUUUAACUCAGCUGGAGUUAGUGGACAGAUUUGAGAGGUUUAUUUCCAAGGAAGAACUUGAACAGUACAUCAGAUUCAACUCAAGAGUAGAACAAGUUGCCAAGGACCCGAAGUCAGGAAAGUGGGUCAUAACUGUAAGAGAAACUAAUGAUGAGACCAAGCAAGAAAAAUGGUACCAGCAGGAAUUUGAUGCCGUAGUAAUUGCCAAUGGUCACUACACUGUUCCUAACUUCCCCAGAAUCAAGGGCUUAGAUGUUUUUAACAAGAAGAAUCCAGAGAAGCUUAUACACGCAAAAUCUUACAGAGAUGCUGGUGCCUUUAAAGAUAAGAAGGUUUUGGUUGUGGGAGGAUCUAUCAGUACUGCUAAUUUAGUUCAGUACAUAUACCCGGUUGCAAAGCAAACGGUUAUCUCUAGAAGGGGUCCACAUUUGGUUUUUCCAUAUAUUGACAAAGCCCUUGAGUCCGAGGGGAUAACUACCAAGCCAACUAUUCAAGAGAUUACAGAAGAUGGCGAAUUUUUGUUCACCGACGGAACAAAGGACUCAGGAUUCGAUAUUGUACUCUUCACCACUGGGUACCAUUACCAUUAUCCAUUUUUAAAUGACUAUCUUCAGGUGAAGGAUCCGUCUAAUUUAAGUAGAGUUAGUGGUCUUUACUAUGAUACUUUUUCCAUUGAGGACCCCACCUUGGCUAUUACAGGGGUUGCAAUUUCUGGAAUCAAUUUUCAUUCCAUCGAGGCAAGUGUUGCAGCAAUUGCAGGAGUCUGGUCAGGAUUUGGAAAAGCUCCAUUGCCAUCAACAGAAGUUCAGAAAGAGUGGUCCAGAAAAAGAGUCGAGGCUACUGCCGAUAACUUAUUUUACCACUACUAUCCACACAAUCUGAUCAAGCAAGAUUUAAUUGAUCCGUUGUAUGCAUAUGCACCUACAGGUAGGUACAAUCCAGCAGAAGAAGACUGGAAGUACGUACAAGAGAUUGACCAAGGGCUUCAAAAAUUGGAGAAAUUGUACUAUGCCAUUAAGGAAGAGAGACUAAGCAUUGAGGACACAUUGAAGGGGAAGUAG